AUGGACGAACGACCGAAUAAGAAGAGACGCUUCUUCGUCGACAAAAACUCGACCCAGGAUGCUUCAUUUGCCUCCGAUCCUUCUGGCCCAGAUGAAAUCAAUGCACUUCCUGAGAACGACCAAGACACCGCCACUGCUAUACAACCAGGACAAGCAUCAACGAUUUCGAGUGUCAACCGCUUCGAUUCAUCUCUCUUUCAAGCCUUUGUCGGCAAUGACGCCCCUCUAGCGACCAUCCAUGCUCUACAGCGUAUUUGCGGCAACGAUGUCGAGCGAGCCGUCAACAUGUACCUGGAUGGCUCAUGGCAGAACCACCCUUUGAUCUCCAAUGCCCCUUCACCCGCCUCACAUCCCAGCCGACCAAAAGUCAAGGACUCGCCGUCCGCCUCUACACAAAAGAUAGAUCUGCCAAAAGCCAAUCUCGCCGCCAUGCCGACCAGGAGAUAUAUCGGUGCCUUGGGUGUUGUUGGUUGGACUACCCGUAGUGGUACUGGCAUUAUCACGUCCGGAGAAUUGGUCAAGAUUGAAAGAGCUAGGCCGUCACAGCAAAAGGUUGGAAAGGGAGGCAAGUCACGAGCCUCAACGCGUCAGGAUGUCAUCGUUCGCUUCACCAAUGCCAAGGGAGAAGAGGUCGGUCGCUUAGAGCAGGACUCUGCCGCCUGGAUAUCUACCCUCAUGGAUCAGAACAUAUGCCACUUUGAAGGCCACUGCAUUUUUGCACCUGAUCGUGUCCGUACCAACGACACUGUCUAUCUCCAGUUGCGAUGCUUCUUUCUCAAGUCAUGCUUUACUGCCGGCAGUUUCAUCAAGCCAUUGGACAAUAACAGAGAAACUGGCAUUUACGAAGCGAAGGAGACUCAGGACGAGAAGGACCUCCGACUGCGCCAGGUCGGUCUUGUGAAGUUGUUCUCAGAGGUCAACCUCCAUCCAUCACGCGCCAACUCUUCGACCGAAAAGCACAAACGAGAGGGCAUUCUGCGCGCUGCUGAGAUGCCUGAGCAAGCCGAGCAGAGUACUGCCAAACCAGCCAAGUCUUCUGACCAGGCUCCAUCGUCCCCUCCUUUGGAUGAUGCUGAAGAUGGCCAAGAACUGGAGCAAGACCAGCUUGACAGCCUUUACAGGAAAGCGCAGUCCUUUGAUUUCAACACGCCCGUGAUGCAACCUGCCGAGACAUUUGUCAUGGAUCUCAGGAAGUACCAAAAGCAAGCUCUGCAUUGGAUGGCAGGGAAAGAGAGAGACCAGAAAUCUGACCACAAAGAAGCCUCAAUGCAUCCGCUAUGGGAAGAAUACAUGUGGCCUACAAAAGAUGCAGACGACGUCCCAGUGCCUCAGGUGGAGGAUCAACCAAGUUUCUACGUCAACCCCUAUUCCGGUGAACUCUCGUUAGACUUCCCUGUCCAGGAGCAGAACUGUCUUGGUGGUAUCCUGGCAGACGAAAUGGGACUAGGUAAAACUAUCGAGAUGCUCAGUCUCAUACACACGCACACGUCAGAAUUUGGCUUGCAAGGCUCGAAGAUGUCAACGGUUAUGGACCUGCCACGUUCGCCUAAGAGCUCUUCUGGUGUUUGUCGCGCGCCGUGUACCACAUUGGUCGUUGCUCCAAUGUCGUUGCUAGCGCAAUGGCAGAGUGAAGCAGAAAAGGCCUCGAAGCCUGGUACGCUGAAGACGUUGGUAUACUACGGCUCAGACAAGAACGUGAACUUGAAGACCUUAUGUUGCGAAGCUAAUGCAGGAUCGGCACCCAAUGUCAUCAUUACGAGCUACGGUACCGUGCUCUCAGAGUACAAUCAAGUCGUUGCCGCUGGUGGUGACAGAGGAUCAAGCGGCGGAUUAUUCUCGAUCGAGUAUUUCCGCGUUAUCCUUGACGAAGCCCAUAUGAUCAAGAACCGUCAGUCAAAAACUGCUCGUGCUUGUUAUGAGAUCGCCGCAGAACACCGCUGGACCCUGACAGGUACACCCAUCGUUAAUCGUCUUGAAGAUCUCUUCAGUCUGUCCAAGGACUAUGUCAGAGCACUGGAUGUCGUCCAAACUGUACUUGAGCCUCUUGUUCUGCGCCGUACAAAGGACAUGAAGACCCCAGACGGAGAGGCAUUGGUUCCAUUGCCGCCGAGAACUAUUGACAUUCAAAAGAUCGAGCUCUCAAAGGUGGAACGAGAUCUCUAUGAUCACAUUUUUGCUCGAGCCAAGAGGACAUUUGCCGCCAAUGUCGAAGCUGGAACACUGAUGAAAUCAUACACCACAAUCUUUGCCCAGAUUUUACGACUCAGGCAAUCCUGCUGUCACCCAACAUUGGUGCGCAGCAAAGGUAUCGCCGCAGAUGAGGAUGACGCCGAGGCUGCAGCAGACAUAGCUAAUGGACUUGCUGAUGAUAUGGAUUUGCAAUCAUUGAUUCAACGCUUCGAGUCCGAGGCUGAAGAGGAGGAUGCAAGUCGCUUUGGUGCCCACGUACUCAAGCAGAUUCAAGCAGAGUCAAACCAUGAGUGCCCCAUCUGUUUCGAGGAACCCAUGGAAGAGCAGUCUGUCACAGGCUGUUGGCACAGUGCUUGUAAGAAAUGUCUUCUCGAGUUGAUUGAAAACGCGACCAACAAGAACGAAUUGCCAUUGUGCUUCAACUGUCGCGAGCCCAUCAACGCCCGCGACAUUUUUGAGGUUAUCAGACAUGACGAUGAAGACGAUGAAGAAGCUGGUGUGGCCAAAGACAAGUUACUAAACAGUUUCGAGGACAUUUACACGGCAACUCAACCUAGCGACUCUGUUGACUCGCAACAACGUCUCCCUCGUGUUUCACUCCGCCGCGUCAAUACCCUCUCCUCAGCCAAGAUCGGUGCUCUCUUGAUUCACCUCAAGCGCAUCAAGAAGGCUUCACCAGCUACAAAGUCGGUCAUCUUCUCCCAAUUCACCUCUUUCCUCGACAUUCUUGAACCUGCUCUCGACGGAGCCUCAAUCCCCUACCUCCGUUUUGACGGCAGCAUGGCCCAAAAAGCCCGCGUCGCUGUACUCACCGAAUUCGCCAACCGCACCAAAGGCUGCGUGCUUUUACUGUCUCUCAAAGCAGGCGGUGUAGGCUUGAAUCUGACGUGUGCGAGCAACGUCUUCAUGAUGGAUCCUUGGUGGAGUUGGGCCGUCGAGUCACAGGCUAUUGACCGCGUGCACCGUAUGGGCCAAACCCAAGAGGUCAAGAUCGUGAGAUUCGUGGUUGAUCAGAGUAUUGAGGAGAAGAUGCUUAGGGUGCAGGACCGCAAGAAGUUCAUUGCUAGUUCCUUGGGCAUGAUGAAUGAGGAUCAGAAGAAGUUGCAGAGGAUUGAAGAUAUCAAGGAGUUGUUGAGUUAG